AUGUUCCCGCCAUCAUCACAAGACUACAAUGGAGUCCAGAAUGCAAAUAUCUAUGGUCAGAUGCAAGCCAAUGGACCGCAAAUCCAAUCCAAGCCUAUUGACCAGACCGAUAUGUCACAGAAAAUGCAGAGUAUGAAUAUAAAUGGCCCGCAAGGUUUUCAAUCUAUCCCACCUACUCAAUUGCCUCCUGGGCAGCUUCCUCCUGGCCAGUUUCCCCCUGGAAAUUACCCUCCUACAUCUAAUUUUGCGCCAGGGCAACUUCCACCUGGACAGCGACCACCAAGUAUGCCCAGUAGACCACCGGUAAGUGGAGCUCCUCAAAUGCAACCAAUGGGCCAGACACACCAAAUGCCCCCAAUGUCAUCAUCGGGGGGUCCUUCAGGUUUCGGACAGAUGCCUCCUCAAAGUCAAACACCCAAUAUGGAACAGUCGAGGCAGUUUCAACCUCCAACGUCGGUGUCUUCUCAACAGCGUCCACCUUCACAGUCUAGUCAACCAAUGCCUCCUAUGGGCCAGCAUCCACCUGGUCAGGCGCCGCCUAUGUCACAGUCGGGUCCGAAUCCCCAGCCAGGAAUGGGUAGAUCAGGAAUGCCGCCACAAGCAGGUCAGCUACCUAAACAACAGCCUCAACAGCUUCAAAUGGGAGGACCACCCAAUUCUUCUGGACAGCCAGGCUUACCUCAAGGAACCUCUCAACAAAUGAACAUGCCACCACAAUCGCAGUCAAAUUUUAUGCAACAACCUGGUAUGCCUUCGCAAGCUAAACCUGGAUUUCCUGGACAAGCCAGUGUCCCUGGUCAAAGUGGUCAAAUGAUAGGUCAGACGGGUGCACCAACACAGCCUGGUAUGAUGUCAGGACAACUAGGUAUGCCGCCUCAGCAAGCUGGCCAAUCGCCGCAUUCAAGUCAAUUCGCUGGAAAAGUAUCGUCACAACCAGGAAUGCCUCCGCAACCAGGGCCUCCUGGCCAACAGAUAUCUGGUCAACCUGGUAUACCGCUACAGUCUUUACAACCCGGUAUGCCCCAACAAUCUUCACAGCCUGGAAUGCCGCCACAACCUCGACUAGGUCAACCCGGAUUACCACCACAACCUGGUCCAAUGCUUGGGCAGCCAGGAAAUACAGGCUCCCAUUCGCAUAUGAGUCAACCUGGUCUACCACCCCAGCCGGGGCCAAUGAGCCAGCCAGGAUUUCCACCGCAACCAGGACAACACGGACAACCGCCACAGCAAGGACUUCCGCCUCAGCAGCCUGGUUUUCCGCCACAACCUACACAAUUCCCACCACAACAGCAACAGCCAAUGCCUGGUCUUCCACAUAUGCCACCCCCGUUAUCGCAACAAAAGCAACAAUAUCCAGGGAUGCCAGCGAACCAGCCAGGGUAUGGCGCUCAGCCUGGACAACAGCCGGGCGGACAAUUUUCUGGUAUGCCCCCUAUGCCAGGGCAGCUUCCGCCUCAACCAAUGCCAGGCCAACAGCAGCGCGGCUUUCAGCAGCCAUCAUCAGGGUAUCCUCCGCAAUAUCAGCCUCAGUUCCCUGGACAACAACCUCCCUACCCUGGCCAACAGUAUCAGCAGCCUGAACAGAAACGACUUGAUCCUGAACAGAUGCCUAGUCCAAUUCAAGUUAUGGCCCAAGAUCAAGAGAACCGUGGCGGUGUCUUCGUGACUAAUGAAAAGGGCCUUGUACCUCCACUAGCCACCACCGAUUUUGUUGUUGAUGACAAAGGAAAUGCCAGUCCUCGCUACAUCCGGAGUUCUAUGUACACGGUGCCUGUUACAGCUGACCUGCUCAAGCAAACUUCAAUGCCCUUCUGCUUAGUUAUAUCUCCAAUGGCAGAGACUAUAGGCUCGGAGCUAGAACCUCCACUCAUUGACUUCGCCGCCCUAACGGGGUCACCUACCAUGGGCCCGGUCAGGUGUUCUCGCUGCAAGGCCUACAUGUGUCCUAGCAUGAAAUUCGUAGAUGCUGGUAGACAUUUCAAGUGUGCUUUUUGCAAAGCUACUACAGAGGUGCCUAUGGAGUAUACUCAAUAUAUAAACAGUACACAACAAUACGGAAGAGUGCCGGCUGAGAUGGCGCUCGGAGCGUAUGAGAUUGUCGCGACGAAGGAGUAUUGCAGGAACAACACACUGCCCAAUCCACCGGCCAUAGUAUUUGUUAUUGACGUUUCGUAUAACGCGAUUAAGAGUGGACUCGUGCAGACGGUGUGUGACAAUAUUUUAGAAAUUGUAGAGUCGUUGCCCAAAGAUGAAGUAACGGGCAAGAGUUGGACGCGCGUUGGGUUCAUCACUUACAGCUCAACAGUUCACUUCUACAAUAUCAAGGGUACACUGACGCAGCCGCAGAUGCUGUCGGUGGGUGACGUCGGCGACAUGUUCGUGCCGCUACUAGAGGGGUUCCUGGUGCGGCCCGAGGACUCGGGGCCCGUGCUGACUGCGCUGCUACAACAGCUGCCGGUCAUGUUCCAGGACAACAAGGAGACUGAGACCAUCUUGUUGCCAGCCUGUCAGGCUGGUUUAGAAGCUUUAAAGGCUGCGGACACGUCAGGUCAACUGAUAGUCUUCCACACGACGAUACCUUCCUACAACGCGCCAGGGAAGCUAAUCAACAGGGAAGACAGGAAACUGCUCGGCACGGAAAAGGAGAAGCAGAUAUUGUCGCCCCAAACGACGGCGUACAACGAGCUGGGCCAGCUGUGCUCGGCGGCCGGCGUGUGCGUGGAGCUGUUCGUGUGCAACAACGCCUACGUGGACUGCGCCACGCUCGGCCAGCUGCCGCGCCUCACCGGCGGACAGCUGCACAAGUACACCUACUUCACGGCGGAGCUGGACGGCCCGCGGCUCAUGUGGGACGUGCGGCGCGCGCUCACGCGGCCCACGGCGCACGACGCCGUCAUGCGCGUGCGCACGUCUACGGGCGUGCGCCCCACCGACUUCUACGGCCACCUCUUCAUGUCCAACACCACCGACGUCGAGCUCGCCGCCAUCGAUGCGGAUAAAGCGAUCGGUAUUGAAAUCAAACACGACGACAAGCUGACCGCCGAGGACGGGGUGUACAUCCAGGCCGCGCUGCUGUACACGCACCGGAGCGGCCAGAGGCGGCUGCGAGUUAUCAACCUGGCGCUCAACGUGGCUCAUCAGCUCGCCGACGUUUAUCGGAGUAUGGAACUAGACACCUGUAUCAAUUUCCUUACCAAGCAAGCCGUGUGGGCGCUGCGCGAGUCGGCCCCGCGCGCGGUGCGCGAGGCGCUGUCCACUCGCUGCGCGCGCUCGCUGGCGGCCUACCGCCGGCACUGCGCCUCGCCGUCGUCGGCCGGCCAGCUCGUGCUGCCCGAGCCCAUGAAGCUGCUGCCGCUGUACACCAACUGCGUGCUGCGCUCGGACGCCGUGGCGGGCGGCCCCGACCUGACGUGCGACGACCGCUCGUGCGCCAUGUACCGCGCGCUCACGGCCGACGUGGCGCAGUCCGUGGUGUACACGUACCCGCGCCUGCUGCCGCUGGCUCGCCUCGCCGACGCGCCCGCGCAGCGCCUGCAGCCGCUGCGCGCCUCCAUCGACAAGAUCAACGAGCAGGGGGUCUACCUGCUAGAGAACGGCGUACACAUGCUGCUGUGGGUGGGGUCUCAAGCGUCUCCAGACUUCGUGCGCGACGUGUUCGGCGUGUCGUCCCCGCAGCAGAUCGACACUGCGGUGUGCGAGCUGGCCGCGCUCGACACGCCCACCAGCGCCGCCGUGCGCGCGCUCGUGGAGGACACGCGCGCCAAGCGCCGCACCGCCAUGCGGCUGAUGGUAGUGGUGCAGCAGGGUAAGGGCGAGGCGGAGUUCCGCGCGCUGCUGGUGGAGGACGCGGGGGCGGGCGGCGCGCCCUCCUACACGGAACACCUCAUGGCCGUACACAAGGCCGUGCUCACAAUGAUCUAA